AUGGCUCAAGGUGAAUUUUACUGUCCGGGCGAAGUGGACGCGUUGUACCCCGACCGGAACAGAUCAGAAAUUACAAUUUGCUUGCCAUCACCAUCCCCGGCCAAGCGAGCGUCCAGCUACUAUCCCAAAGCCGGAACCAAGGUGCUGGAGGAGUCAAACGCAGACCCGUUCUACCUUGAACAGUCAUUGGCCGCGACGCCGACUUGGCCAGACUCUUAUACGCCGGAAAUUCGCGAUGAGAGAUACAGUCAAGAUACAAAUCAGUACUACACGUUUUCCCUGACCAACGGGAAAGACUUGGCCUCUCAGGGCCACUAUAACGGUCCCAAUCGAUCAACCAUUGCGCAAUUGGAACUGGAGAACGAUUUGAGAUUCCAUCACUAUACCUCGUCCACCGAGGAAUCCAGACAGCUUCACAGUAGCCACGGGUCGUUCAGCUCCGUUGCUACUGAGAGCACUACCCCGGACUUGACCCCAAGUAGUUCCUUCUCAUCCACAUAUUCCUCUCCUGCCUGUCCUGAGGCUGUGUUGCAAGCUACCGAGAAGCUUUACCAACACGCCCGUCAGGCUCAGGAACCUCGACGCUUCUAUCUUCCUGCUUCAACACCUCCCCAGUACUCUCUUCCACCGCCGCCUCCUGUGCCUUCAUUCCCCACAGGCAAGAGUCGCCCUACCACUUCUGGCUCUGAUUCCAACUCCGCUAUGAUCACAAUGAAGUACGAGACAUCCGGCAUGUCCUCGUUUUCUCGCCGUAGGAAAGCGCAUCCUACACUCCCCAACCUGUCUCGGGCCACCUGCUCCCAGAGCUCUCGAAGGAAACAAUCCAGUCCUGGAACGCGUCCUCCACUGGACCCGUCGAUGAUCUCGCCCCCGUGUUUGAUUAAUCCGGUUACCAUGGAGCCGCAUGCCACUCACUUCGACCAGGCUCUUUUCAUUCCUGCCAACGACCUCCCCAGCCCCAUGCCUAGCCCUAGUGCGAGCUCCCCUCCAAUUUCUCGCCAAUGGACCGCUACCUCUAUGGAACGUCCCUCGACAUCGACCAUGGAUGUCUACUGCGAGCAGUCAGUUUGGGAAUCUGACUCCGACAAUGAGUCCAUCGGCCACAAAUCCCUUUCCCGGAGGCCUAUUGAUACCUUGCGCAAGGUGCGAAGCCGUGCCAAGCUGCGUGGUGCCAAAUCCCAGCCUAAGCUUCACCAAGCAAUGCUCGAUGAUCAGCUUCCUGAACGAUUCCCUUGCAUGCCUGACGAGGAACCCGUCCCAGAGCUUUACCGAGGUAUGAGUUUCGACCGACCCUGUCUCAGCCGGGACGGACUUCGUCCACAAUACGGUCUCCAAACCCUCCGCCUUGUGGCUCCUUCUACUACAUCCCUGAUCAAGCCUCGCUCUCCCCCAAGUUCCCGUGACUCCAAUACUCGGGACUCUGAUAUCGACCGCUCUGCUGCUGCUGCCGCCUUUCAAGCUCAGGAAAGACGUCGUCAGCGCUCUAACACUCCCGAGUACACAAGCUCAGACAAGGAGAAGCUCACAUCGAUGUGUUGCGAGCAACAAUCUCAAGCGACAAUCAACGAGUCACUCGAGCAACGCCCCUUCUUCCGCCGCAUGCUCGACUCCUUGCGUUCUUUGAACUGCCACAAAACCACUAAAAAUGUGGAUGUAAUCUGA